AGUUAAUUAGUCUAGUUCGAGGAACCCAACUGGCAACAUGUCGAGGCUUGGAAUAAUAUACCUUCUGCUGCUGCAAGUGGUGCUUAACACUGGCAAACCAUUGCCGGCAGGUGUCUAUGAUCCGGAGGAGGCGGCUGGCUUUGUGGAGGGAGAUAUGAUGCUGACGGAGGAGCAGCAAAGAAACCUGGAGCAUGGUCCCAAAACUCGCAAUGGCCUUAUCAAUACCGAAAAGAGAUGGCCCAAUAAUGUGGUGGUCUACAAGAUAUCGGAUGACUUUGAUGCGGCGCAUAAAAGGGCCAUUCAGACUGGCAUCACUACCUUGGAGACGAACACCUGUGUGAGAUUCAGGGAAGCCACCGACGAGGAUACGGCCUAUUUAACAGUCACAGCCAAAUCAGGAGGUUGCUACACAGCAGUUGGCUAUCAAGGAGCGCGUCAGGAAAUGAAUCUGGAGAUUUACCCACUGGGCGAAGGCUGUUUCAGGCCAGGAACUAUCCUACACGAGUUUAUGCACGCCUUGGGAUUCUAUCACCAGCAGAGUUCGGCCAUUCGGGAUGGUUAUAUAAACGUGAUCUACGACAAUAUAGUGCCCGGCAAGGAGUUUAAUUUCCAGAAGUACGAUGCCACGGUGGUGACCGAUUUCGAAGUGGGUUACGAUUACGACAGCUGUCUGCACUAUCGACCUGGAGCCUUUUCCAUUAAUGGAGAGGACACCAUAGUGCCCCUGGACUCAAGCGCUGAAAUUGGACAGCGUGUUGGCCUUAGCUCCAAGGAUAUCGAUAAGAUCAACAUUAUGUACAAGUGUCCGAUUCUGCUCUGAUCCAGAAUCGACCCGACUGUGUACCUAGUCAAUUGUGAUACGUUAAUAAUUAUUUUUUCAGCCACAGACUGAAGCGAUUAGAUCGGUUUUAUUGAUCUACGCUGUCAUUGUCAGUGCGGUCUGUACUAUUUUUAAAGAACCGUAAAUUAAAGCUAUAUUCCUUUA